AUGGGGAAUCUCCCGACAGCUCGUGUCCGCGAGGCAGCGCCUUUCACUAAUAUAGGCAUCGACUUCUGCGGGCCUUUCUAUAUCAAAGAGAGGAAACACCGCAACCGAGCAAGGGUAAAGACUUACGUGUGCGUAUUUGUUUGUAUGACCAUAAAGGCGAUACACCUUGAACUCGUGAGCGACCUGUCGUCAGCCGGAUUUCUCGCCGCGUUACGACGAUUUAUUUCACGACGCGGAUUACCGGAGCACGUUUACUCCGACAACGGAACAAAUUUCGUAGGCGCGAACAACCAACUCAAGGAAAUGUAUUUGUUAUUCAAUUCCGAGCAACAUAAGAAACUUGUAAAUCAAUUUUCGAGUGACCAUCGCAUCAGCUGGCAUUUUAUACCUCCCAUGGCUCCACAUUUUGGGGGGUUAUGGGAGUCGUCUGUAAAACUCUUCAAACACCACUUCAAGCGAGUGGUAGGAGAGACUUUGUUUACGUUCGAAGAGUUGAAUACAUUUAUUACCGAAGUCGAGAGUAUUCUGAACUCUAGGCCGAUCGUGUCUCUUUCAUCCGACCCAAACGAUUUACUAGCCUUGUCGCCCGCUCAUUACCUUCUGGGCAAGCCACUAAACACCCUCCCGGAGGGGAACUUAUCAUCUGUUCCAGCCAAUCGACUGUCCACCUGGCAGCACAUCACCAAGGUGAGACAAGACUUUUGGACACGGUGGAACUUGGAGUAUCUAAACGAGCUCCAAAGGCGCAGUAAAUGGAACAAGGAUGGGCCGGAACUCAAAAUCGGAGCAAUCGUGCUCGUAAAGGACAAAGGCCUACCAUGUGCGCACUGGUCGCUAGGUAGAAUUUCGGCGCUGCAUCCAGGUGAAGACGGGAUUUCCCGAGUCGCCACCAUUAAAACGACAAGCGGAGAAGUAAAAAGAGCGACGAAACUUCUCUGCCCAUUACCAAUGGAGGAAUAA